AUGCCAACAGCCGCUAGACCAGUCCGUUCUGAACUUCAACAAAUGACAAGUAUGGUGGAGUCCAUAGCAGUUGACGUGCUUACACUGGUCUCAUUGAAGGACAAUACGCCGGAAAAGGAGAUAUGUCGAGGAAUACUCAAUGCACCCCUGAGAACCUGUGGCGAUCUUUCAUUGAUUGAUUUGUGUGCCCAAGCUAAUUGUGCCAAUCUCUUGAGCUUACCCAUUUGCCAAAGAGUUCUCGAUGAGCGCUGGAGAGGAGUCCUUGCUCAUCUUCCAAACUGGAUUGGGUACAUCUCCAGGUUCUUGCCCUUUGUCGCCAUAGCCUACCUUGAAAGAAAAGCUAGGAAGGAACGCGCUAAGGCUUUAGCUGACUUUAUUGCAGACGCAGCAGGCUACUCAGCUUCUGGCACUACAGCAGCAAACCAAAAAGACCUCAGCAUAGAACCGAGUUUCUUUUCUACAUUUAGCAAAGAUUCUGAUCCCUGGAAACCGGCCAACGUUUCGCCUAAUAAAAAACUAAACGGUAGAAAGGAGCCAUCCACUGCUGUAGUUUCUUUGAAACCCGAAAGCUCGAAAGGCCCCACACCUUUGACCAUCUAUGAUCGUCUUUCCAGACAAUAUGGCUGGCAGAGUUCGCCACGUUGGAAUUUUGUCAAGGCCAUCUAUGCUUCUCCCGAGGUUAAAUUCUUCUUUCAUUCCAUCUUUCACGUUUUCUUUUUGGUUACCUUCACAGGGGUUCUUGUUAAUGAUCUUCACUAUAAGAUUAGUUGGACCGAAUGCGCAGCAAUUGCUUAUAUUAUCGGAUAUGGUGUUGAAGAAAUACGGCAGAUGAUAAUCGAAUCACUCAGAGGGCAGUUUGGUAAUUAUCUCAAGGACAGUUGGAACGCAUUGGAGUUAUUUGCGAUUGGGCUCACGCUAGUAGGAUUGUGGGUUAGGAUAAGCAAGAUUAAGGAAGAAGCUCCCCCCGAAUUGGAAGCUUAUAAUAACACAUUUUACUUUGCUCGAGUCUGCUAUCUAUUUAGUCUUCAUCUAUUCUGUUUGCGAACCUUGUUCAUAACUUCAAUCUCUCCAAUCAUCGGUCCACGGCUCAAAAUGAUGGCUGAUAUGCUGCGAAAGGAUCUUGUUCCUUUAAUUAUUGUAUUCGCCAUAUUUCUAUACUCAUAUGCUAUCUCAUUCCAAGGCUUAAUGUAUCCGAACUCAUUUAAAGAAAAACGCUUCCAGAAUGGUUCUGUUAUAUAUGAAAAGAUGCCGUUUGCAGAAACAGUUGAGAAGAUGAUUUCUCGAGCUUUUUAUUCCAUGUUUGAAGUGAGUACCGCGUUAGAGGAAGCUCAGUGCGAUUAUGGCAAUGAAUUUUGCGGAAAAAAAGCCGGGAAUAAAUUUGUCAUUCUGUUCGUCUUGAUAGCGUAUACAGUAGUCGUUAACCUCAUCUUGAUCAACCUACUUAUUGCUCUGUUUAGUAAUACUGUGUCCCGAAUUGGAAUGCAGUCCACGGCACAUUGGUUGGCUGAUCGAUAUCAGAUGGUUAAAGAAUACCAAGAUAAAUCGAUGUGCCCACCACCAAUGAAUCUACUUUCCAUUUGCAUAGAACUUUUCUUUUGUUCUUUUCGACUCUGUCGAUGCUGUAGGCCUAAAAGGAGCAGCCAAGAUGGCAGCAAAAGUGCGAACAGUUCAAGCGGACGGAGAUGGCAGGUUAGUGCAUCAGAGAGUCGUAGUUCCGAAGAUUUAAAUGAUAUCGAAAGUCAGAAUAACGUGGUUAAUAUUAAUCAUCCUGGUGUGAGUAAAGAGGAAUUUGAAAUAAUUCGGAGUGUGGCCAAACGAAAAUGGAAUCGGAAGCUCCGUAACUCUCGACGUGUUCAACAACUUACUCACAACCUAAGGAGUGCUCUUUGGGGCCGAAGAACUGAGACUGAAGCUGUACUGCAAUUUAUUCUAGUCCAAAGCUUUGCUUUGAAAGGUCGUCGUUAUACGCUGGGUUCAGUUCAUACCGGAUUAACGUCGGGCUCUGGUAUGACGACGUCUAGUGGAAUGUUUGAGCAUCGAUUACAGGCUUUGGAAAAACGCCUAGAUGACUGGCUUCCACGGUUGAUGGAGGAAAUUAAGAAUCUUAGAGAAGCUGAAAGAUAUCCUCCAAGUCCUUCUGAUUACCAAUUAUCUCAAACACUGGAUCCUGUUGAGGGGUCAGAACGAAUUCAAUUGAAUUUGGAUGGUAUUCAAGGACGAACCGUCUCUGAGAGUUCUGAAAGGAACUCGGGAAUUUCUUUGAGGGUCCACCAACCUCAUGAUUUAUUGUACAGACGACCUGUUUCAAAACUUUAA